AAAGCAGCAGUAGUAGCAGUAGAACAAUAAUGAUGGUAGGGCCGCUGAUGCGUUUUUGUAAUAUUAGUUCAAACCCGAUCCGUUCCUUCAAUCAGUCUUGCGUUUGAUCGGCCGGCUCGUGGUUCGCUUUGGUGUAGAUGUUUUUUCGUUGCCGUCGUUUUCAUUCCUGCUGUUGCUGCCGCCGCAUACGAAUUACAGGUACCUACAGUGUCUUACCCGGUUAUCCAAACACGUUAUUCAAAUGAUGACAACCUACGCUUUUGCCUUUUGUGCACUCGAGUAAAUGGUUCGUACGUGUACACUGUUUUGCACUACCGUUCACAUCUGAUCACACGAUUUCGUUGACGGUUUGUCUUCGAUUUUAUUGAGUAGAAAAAAAUACGCUUAAUCUACCCACGAGACCAUGGCUAACAAAAUGCGGUCCAAGAACCCUCCGGAGAAGAAGACGCCGUCGGUGUCGAUGAUCAGCAAACGACCUCCGGAUGGUGGUUGGGGCUGGUUUGUCGUGUUCGGAUCGUUCAUGAUACACGUCGUCACUGAUGGAGUAACUUAUUCGUUUGGUGUUCUAUAUUCAGAAUUUUUAGAAGUUUUCAAAGAAAGUAAAGGGGCAACUGCUUGGAUCGCAUCUUUAUUGGUUGGAGUUACAUUAUGCUCAGGACCUAUCGCCAGUAUUUUCGUAAACAAAUAUGGUUGUCGUGUGGUGACCAUUGCAGGAGCCAUACUUGCGAGUAUUUGCAUGAUGGCCAGUGUAUUUGCCAACAGUGUGAAAUUUCUGUACGUAACUAUCGGAUUAGGAACAGGUCUGGGCUUCGGCAUGAUCUAUCUGCCAGCCAUCGUGAGCGUGACGUGCUAUUUCGACAAGUACCGGUCGCUGGCCACCGGCAUCGCGGUGUGCGGUUCCGGGCUGGGCACGUUCAUUUUCUCGCCGCUGGUCGACCACCUGGUGAAAGGGUACGGCUGGAAGAUCACCGUGGCCGUCAUAUCGGGCCUGGUGCUGCUGUGCACGCUGUUCGGCAUGCUGUUCCGACCGCUCGGCACCGUGGCCGCGGGCGACAGCGACGGCGACGACGACGGCGGCGAGAAGCCGGCGCUGACGAACGGGGCCGCGACCACCACGGUCGUGCUGAACAUCAUCGAACCGCCGGCGGCCGAGAGCCAGCCGCUGAACAACAGCGUCGGCGGCGGCGACGGUAGCGUGGACGCGGCGGCCACCCGGUCGUACGAGCACAUACCCAACUCGGAUGACGACGACGAGUGGCGGGGCGCGGGCAACGACGCGCUGCUGCUGUCGGACGACAGGCGGACCGGCAAAGGCGGCUCGGCCGCGGACAAGUCCAACGGGACGGCCGACGCGGCGGCCGCGUCGUUCGGCAACGAACUGGACAGGCAGUCGCGGUUCACGCUCAGCCAGCCCGAGCUGAUCGCCGCGUCCGCCGGCCGGCUCAGCUGUCGGCUCAACAAUCGGCAGCGGAACGAGGUGUGCUAUGCCAGCCAGAACCUGAAGCCGUCGGCGAACGGCGGUACCGGCAGCGGUAUCAUGUACCAGAAGGACAUAUUCUACAGCGGCAGUCUGGUCAACGUAAACGUGAACCGCAGGAGAACCAUAUCGCAGUCAACUAAUGCCGGUGCUUAUGCCGCCGAUAUGACCAAUGCAAUCAUAGAUAAUGACCAGUUUUCAGACGGAAUCUGUUGUUCUGCCGACGCCAAAAAUACAAUAAAGCAAAUGUUGGAUUUCUC